AUGUUUAGUGUUCCUCCGACACCAGAUUGUUGUAAAGGCUUAGACAAUGUAAAGCGUGGUGUUAAAACGUUUGAACAACGUAAAUACAUGUGCAUUUGUUUGUCGACUGCAGCAGCAAUUGCUUCUGCGCCUGAUCCUAGCAAGUAUGUCACUUUGCCUCAGAUGUGUGGUGUCACCUUAUUUGCACCUGUUGGUCCAAAAUUUGAUUGUAACAGCAUUAAACUUUAA